AUGUCCAAGAUUACGAAUUUAUCAUUUUUUCUUCUGCUGCUUUUAGGGACGACUCUCGCAGGAUCUCCCAGUGUACAAAUUGGGGGGUUAUUUCCGCGGGGUGCCGAUCAGGAGUACAGUGCUUUUCGGAUAGGGAUGGUUCAAUUUGGCACAUCUGAAUUUAGACUCACGCCUCAUAUCGACAAUCUGGAGGUAGCAAACAGUUUCGCCGUUACAAACUGUUUCUGCUCACAGUUCUCACGGGGAGUGUAUGCCAUAUUUGGAUUCUACGAUAAGAAGUCAGUGAACACAAUUACGUCUUUCUGUGGGACGCUACAUGUGUCGUUUAUCACACCCAGUUUUCCUCUGGAUGGAAAUCAACAGUUCAUCAUUCAAAUGCGACCAGACAUCAAGGGGCCUCUGCUGAGCCUCAUAGAGUACUACAAGUGGGAUAAGUUUGCCUAUUUGUACGACAGUGACAGAGGUCUGACUACACUGCAGGUUGUGCUGGACACUGCCGCAGAAAGGAAAUGGCAGGUAACUGCCAUAAAUGUCGGGAACAUGAAGGACGAGCGGAAGGAUGAAGCAUAUCGCUCCCUCUUUCAAGACCUGGAGAACAAGAAAGAGAGAAGAGUUAUUUUAGACUGUGAACAGGAUAAAGUCAAAGAUAUAAUGGAACAGGUCAUCACUAUUGGGCGGCAUGUGAAAGGUUACCACUACAUCAUAGCAAAUCUGGGUUUUGUGGAUGGGGACUUGUCCAAAAUACAGUAUGGAGGGGCCAAUGUGUCUGGCUUUCAGAUUGUAGAUUUUGAUGACCGCUUGGUUUCUAAAUUUGACCAACGCUGGGAAGCCUUGGAGGAAAAAGAAUAUCCUGGAGCUGACAGCAAGAUCAGGUAUACCUCAGCAUUAACCUACGAUGCGGUACAGGUGAUGACUGAAGCAUUCCGCUACCUGCAUAAGCAGCGUAUCGACAUCUCUCGCCGUGCCAACAACGGAGACUGCCUGGCCAACCCAGCUGUGCCGUGGGCACAGGGUGUGGAGAUUGAGCGUGCCCUAAAACAGGUUCGAGUGGAUGGUCUGACAGGAAACAUUCAAUUUGACCAAUACGGAAAAAGGGUGAACUACACUGUAAAUAUCAUGGAACUGAAGAGCACUGGGCCAGUCAAGAUUGGUUACUGGAAUGAAGUCGAUAAAAUGGCAGUAACGAAAUCGGAUCUUUUUCCAAAUGACACCAUGGGGCUGGAAAACAAAACUGUGAUUGUGACCACCAUUCUGGAGGCUCCAUAUGUGAUGCUGAAGAAAAAUGCUGACCUUUUUGUGGACAAUGACCGAUAUGAGGGUUACUGUGUGGACUUGGCUGCAGAAAUAGCCAAACACUGUGGUUUUAAAUAUCAGCUGAAAAUCGUGGGAGAUGGCAAGUAUGGAGCCAGAGACGCUGAAACCAAGAUCUGGAAUGGAAUGGUUGGAGAACUGGUUUAUGGGAAAGCUGACAUUGCUGUAGCUCCACUGACUAUAACCUUGGUCAGAGAAGAAGUAAUUGACUUCUCCAAACCUUUCAUGAGCUUGGGCAUCUCCAUUAUGAUCAAGAAACCUCAAAAGUCCAAGCCAGGGGUGUUCUCCUUCCUCGACCCCCUGGCCUAUGAAAUCUGGAUGUGUAUCGUGUUUGCCUACAUUGGUGUGAGUGUGGUGCUUUUCCUCGUCAGCCGCUUCAGCCCAUAUGAGUGGCACACUGAAGAGUAUGAGGACGGCCAGAUCCAGACCAAUGAGUCAACCAAUGAAUUUGGGAUCUUCAACAGCCUCUGGUUCUCACUGGGGGCUUUCAUGAGGCAGGGCUGUGACAUUUCACCAAGGUCUCUGUCUGGACGUAUAGUUGGAGGAGUUUGGUGGUUUUUCACCCUGAUCAUAAUCUCUUCCUACACUGCUAACCUGGCUGCGUUUCUCACUGUGGAGAGGAUGGUGUCACCCAUUGAGAGUGCUGAGGAUUUGGCUAAGCAGACAGAGAUUGCGUAUGGGACUCUGGACUCUGGUUCCACUAAAGAGUUUUUCAGGCGUUCAAAGAUAGCCUUAUUUGACAAAAUGUGGACGUACAUGCGCAGCGCUGAACCCUCCGUGUUUGUCAAGACCACUGCUGAGGGUGUGAUGCGGGUCCGUAAAUCUAAAGGAAAGUACGCGUACCUGCUGGAGUCCACCAUGAAUGAGUACAUUGAACAACGCAAGCCCUGUGACACCAUGAAAGUGGGCGGGAACCUGGAUUCCAAAGGCUACGGCAUUGCCACACCCAAAGGAUCCUCAUUAAGAAAUGCGGUUAACCUCGCAGUACUAAAACUCAAUGAGCAAGGCCUGUUGGACAAAUUGAAAAACAAAUGGUGGUACGACAAAGGAGAGUGCGGCAGCGGGGGAGGUGAUUCCAAGGAGAAGACGAGUGCACUCAGCCUGAGUAAUGUGGCUGGGGUCUUCUACAUCCUGGUCGGUGGCUUGGGUUUGGCCAUGCUGGUGGCCCUGGUCGAGUUCUGUUACAAGUCCCGUGCUGAAGCCAAGCGCAUGAAGGUGACUUUCACAGAUGCAAUGAGGAGCAAAGCGAGGCUAUCUAUCACUGGGAGUACUGGGGAAAAUGGCCGUGUGAUGACUCCGGAGUUCCCCAAAGCUGUGCAUGCCGUACCCUACGGCAGACCGGGCGUCGGCCUGGACGCCAGCCUGACAGACCUAUCCUAA